AUGCUGUAUGGCAGCUUUCAUCCACCUUCCACCUUUAAAGCAAUACCAAAAAGUCAAUUAUUAAGAGUAGAUCGUAUUGUGUCUGAUACUGAAUUAAAAACAAAAAGACUGGAACAGAUUUCAAACAAAUUUUUACAAAGAGGUUACCCGUUUGAACUUGUGAAUAAAGAGAAGCAAAAUAUCAUUUCAAGAAUUGGAAAGUCUGAACCCAUUGGAAACAAGAGGAAUAGGAAUAAAGACAAGAUCAAUAGGCUAUUAUUUGUCACACAAUAUAGCACUAGGAGUAGUCAGGUUAACAAAAUUAUACGAAAGUAUUGGCACAUUCUACAGAAAUGCCAUCCUGACAUUAAUGCAUUCCAUGAACCUCCAAUGCAGGCUUACAAAAGGAGUCCAAAUAUUAAAGAUCAACUAGUUAGAGCAGAUGUUGGUAGUCAUAAAUAUCAUCAGAAAACUAUUACUGCAUGUGGGACAGAGAAAGCUACCAGACUCUGCAUCUCAAGUAUACCACGUUGGAGAGGAGAUGUACCUCAAGACUUGAAGGAAGUGAGCUGCAUAGAUGAACGGAGCCCUGAGCCUAAUCCAGUAGACCUAACGGACCACUGUAAGCAACACGGUCCUCUGCGGCCCACUAUCUCCGAAGCAGAGUAUACACGGCACUGCAUAGUGCAAACUCAGGGUCAUCCACCAUGGGCUAAUGCAGCGGAAGAGGAGCCACACCUUGACCCAGUUGCGCGGCAGCCCAGAGACCAUAGUACUAUGGAUGGACAUGAUUCUGUUGCAAAGAGUAGGGUCCCUCUCGCAGAGCCCUCUGUACUCAAAGCCCGAGAUGGUGUGGUUGGCCUGCUAGUAGGCAAUGUCAAGAUAUCUAAGGAGUUCUGGGCUGAAAUCCGAACACUGGCUGACCUAAGAGAGAGCGGAGGACCUCAGCAUCACAUUGGUGGCUGUUGCCAGGACUCAUGCAAGAAACGCUGUGGAGACAAACCAAACAAGUCCUAUAGUUGUCAGUGCAAUGAACAUUGUAAGCGAUUUGAUGACUGCUGCGAUGACUACCACAUAUGUCUAUAUGCUGAUCCUUCCUCGGAAAAAGACGUCCAUCAAGAGACUCUAUGCCAGGGAAGGUGUGGGCAAAAGUAUAAAAAGAAAGAGCCCUGCCAUUGUAACAAAAAGUGUGUCAAAUUCAACAACUGUUGCAGUGACUAUGAAACAGCUUGUACCAGCAGCAGCAGCAGCAGCAGCAGCACCAGCAGCAGCAGCAGCAAAAAAAACAGCGCAAGCAGCAGCAGAAGUGACUACAAUGAUAUCAGCAAUGAAGAAAUUAUGAUGAUAUCAGAGAAAAUGUAUAAGUUAGAUGUUAACAAGGCUACAGAAUCAGAUAUUAUUUUAAACAAACAGGAAAUGGCACAACACACAGGUUCCAAAGAUGACCUUUGCGAGCAUUCCUUAUAUGAAUAUGUGAAUGAAAAGCUAUUUUCACGUCCAACCUAUGCUGCGUUUAUUGCUUUGCUGGACAACUAUGACAGGAAAACAGGAACCUGUGAGGCUUAUACUGAGGAUGAACUAAAGGAACAAGAAAACUUCCUAAACGAGAUCAUGAAAACCAAACUUAUGAAAGAGCUCUACCUCUUUUUCCAUCAUAAGGGUCUUUACCAAACUGAGACAGAAUUUAUCAAAGAUCUGCAGAAAAUGUGGUUUGGACUUUACUCUCGAUCUAAAGGGGAGACAGACUCCAGUGGAUUUGAGCAUGUGUUUGUUGGUGAAGUUAAGAAAGGCAAAGUCUCUGGAUUUCACAGCUGGAUCCGUUUCUACCUGUUGGAAAAGAAUGGCAUGAUGGAUUAUUACAGUUACAACUUUGAUGGGCCAUGGACCAGUUACCCUGAUGUACUUGGAAAGCAGUUUCAUUGGGAUGGAUUCUUCAAGGAAGUAGGCACUCAGUUCAUUGGCUCAAGUCCAGAGUUUGAUUUCAGCCUUUACACUCUAUGUUUUAUCAGUCGACCAGGCAAGAAGUGUAAACUCAGCCUGGGAGGACAUGGCCUCAGUAUACAAACUUACACAUGGACCCAGAGCACAUAUGGCAAAGGCAAACAUUACAUAGCCACUGCCUACCCUGUAGUGUAA